AUGGCAAACCGUAUGAACAGCUUCGACCUCGAAUACUCUGCCGCCGCCCGCGAUGAUGACUCUCAAGACGCGCGGGAUGGGGUGCCGUCGCACCUACAGUCCUCCAUAUCCGCGCACGACCCCUCCCUGAUGGGCUACCCGAACAGCCAUGUCGCCAGCUACGCCUUCGACGAUAUGCUACCUCAAGACUUUGACCCCACUCUUCAAUCCUUCGACCAGACCCAGAGACCCCAGGGAGACUUGGAGGGCCGCCUCUCCAAUGUGAUGUUGGCUUACGACACGCCCACAACGGGCGUGUCCAUGGCCAUGGGCCUCGAGUCCGGCAACGCGUUCGCCUACAAUAUCCCGACGACCUACCCGGCAACCACGAUGAGCCUCGUUCCCUCGAUGGAUGACUCGCAACUUCAAUCCGCCUUUUCGUUUCAUCAGUCCAUGUCCCAGCAAGGCCAGUACCUGUCACAGCACCAACAAGCGCCCCUGCCUCAACAGUCAACACAAGGAGACCCAUAUAACGGCCAUACCGCCAACACUACAACAACUUCUACCGAGACAUUUGAUGAUUCAGACUUUUCACGGGCAAGCGACCGUUCGCAGCAGUUGAGUUUGCAGCGGCCGGUGCAAGAGGCUCAGCGGUUCCCGCCAUAUGGCCAAGUACAGCAGACAGCCCCGGCCCUGUACCGCCCAUCACAGCCGGUAGCAAUUCAACCGAAGAAGCCUAUUGCUGUAGUCAAAGGUGAGUUAACAUCUUGUGGUGUAGCCUGCUCUACGGCAUGCUUGCCGAUAGAAAAAGAGCUGACGCCCCUCUGCGCCUCAGAGGACUUAUCGCCAGGCCUGUCGACGCCCGAUGCCGCCAGUACGGAGCAUACGGGCAUUUACUCGAGUAGUGGCUUUGAUAUUCUAGGUGUUCUCAGCCGAGUGGCGAUGAGACCUAAUCCUAAAAUCAACAUCGGCGCAGUGGACUUGUCUUGUGCCUUUGUCCUAUGUGAUAUCACGCGGGACGAUCAUCCGAUUGUCUACGUCUCUGAAGCAUUCGAACGGUUGACUGGCUAUACCAAAAAUGAGAUCGUCGGCCGUAAUUGCCGGUUCCUGCAGGGCCCUGAUGGUAAGAUUAAUGCCGGUGCGAAGCGUACUUUCGUCGAUGGACAGACUGUGCAUCGUCUGCGAUCCACGAUUCACGAUCGUAGUGAAAUCCAGGCUAGUAUCAUCAACUACCGUAAGGGUGGCCAGCCGUUCAUGAACCUCAUCACGAUGAUUCCCAUUCAGUGGAAUUCUGAAGAUUAUCGAUUCUAUGUCGGCUUCCAGGUCGAUCUUGUUGAGAAGCCUGACGCGGUCAAGGCAAGGAAUCCGGACGGCACAUAUACCAUCAACUACCAGCGUGACCAAUUGCCACAAUACGUGGUCCCGCCCGCUGAUGCGUACAGAUUAAGACCAGACCUUGCUACACAUUUCGGUCACGAUGAGGUUACUGCCAUCCUCAAUGCUGCCGGUGUUCCAGGCUCUGGCGUAUCACGGCACUACUUGGAUCGCAUCUUGGUUGAAAACACCGACGACGUGAUCCAUGUGCUCUCAUUCAACUGUGAAUUCCUUUAUGUUUCACCUUCGUGCAAGCGGAUCCUUGAGUACGACCCGGUCGAACUCGUGGGCAAGACGCUAUCAACCAUCUGCCACCCCAGUGACAUCGGACCAGUGAUUCGUGAUCUGCGAGCCAGCACGACGCCAGCCCCCGUCAGCGUUGUGUAUCGUAUUCGACAGAAGUACAAGGGUUACAUCUGGUUCGAGAGCCAUGGUUCCUGGCACAUUGAUCCAGCAGAGGGACGGAAGUAUAUGGUCAUGACUGGUCGCCCCCGGCCCGUCUAUUCCCUGGACCAGGUUGCUCAACUCGGGUCCAAGGCUGCACUCGCUGAGAACGAUAUCUGGGCCAAGGUCUCCCUGUCCGGUGUGAUUUUGUUUGUGACGUCUAAAGUGAAGCCGGUCCUGGGCCGGUCCCCAGAUGAUCUGAUCGGCAAGAGCAUGCACGAGCUUAUGGAGCCCGAUAAUGACCCCAACGCCAUCAUCGAUGCUCUCGACGCAGCAGCCAACGGUCAAGGCCAGGAAGACGGCAAUAAUAAAACCGGAGAGCCACCCUCCUUCCGUCACCAGAUGCGCCAUAAAAAGGGCCACUCACUUUCCGCCCACACCACCCUCUACUCCGGCGACAACCACAAUGCCCGCCCUUCCUUCCUCGUCGCUCAGAUCCGCUUCGCCCGUGCAUUCCCCCCUUCGUCAGCCGCUGCCUCCGCUGCCGAAGACGAAGAACUCGCAAACGUCCCCGGCUCGUCCAAGACAACGACCCUCACAACCUCAGAUCCCAACCCACCCAGCCAGUACGGCGCUCUCGGCCAGCGUAUGCCUUUCCUCUCCCCCCUCAUCGGUCUCAACGGUCUACCCUCGGGCAACCGCAGCAUCUCCCCCUCAGACGCUCCCGCUACCUUUUUCACGGAGCUCAACCCUACCCGUGGCUCUAGUUGGCAGAUUGAGCUUCGCGAGCUGGAGAAGCAAAACCGGGGGUUGGCGGAUGAACUGCAGCGUCUUUUGGCGCGCCGCAAGAAGCGCAAGCGCAAGCAGAGCGCUGUCUCGGUUGAGAAGGCUUGUGCUAUGUGUAGUACGAAGAAUACUCCCGAGUGGCGUCGUGGUCCGAGUGGUAAUCGCGAUCUUUGUAAUAGUUGUGGUCUCCGCUGGGCGAAGCAAGUUCGGAAUAAGGCGCAGGCUGCGGCAUCCGGGGGUGGAAAUGCGUCUGAUCCUGCUGCUUCUAAUGCUAGUGCCACCGCUACGACGCAGGGGUGA